UCAUACGCUCUCGUCGUGUACGCAUCAAAAGGUAUCGCGCAGUGCCCGACGGACAAGAGAGUGGCGAGCAUCCUUUUCUCCGUUUGGCUCCAGCAGCUCAUCACUUGGCAUCGAGAUGCGACUGCUGGCGGUGAGCGCGUUGCUGCUGCUGCUGCCGUGCCUUUUGCCUCUUUAUGUUUCGGGCACCGGCUGGGCCGACUACCCGCGAGCGCACAUGAGGAUGGAACCGUUCAAAAGCAACGACACGGGUCGGAUCCUGACCAGCCUACUGGUGCUGCUCGGCGCGAAAAGCAACACGACGGUCACCUCGGACGACGACAGGACACAGGUCAGCAACCGCAUCACGCCAGGAUGCGACUUCUACCAAAACGUCGAGCCGUCGGACAAAUUUUACAUCUACUCGCCCAACUAUCCAAACACGUUUGCGCCCCACGUCGCAUGCAGAUGGUACGCAGUCGCUCCCGUCGGUUGGAGGCACGAACUGGAAUGCAGAGAAAUCCAACUGGACGACGGGGAACCUGGCGACAAUACCUGUGAGGGUGGAGACGUCCUCUGGGUCUCCCUUUCUGGAGAUUCGAGGCUUCGGGAUGCUCACGGCUACUGUGGUGUCGGCAGUUUCUUGACCCUGAGCCAUUCGAAUCUGCUGAAUAUAGUGUUUCAAGCUGGCGCCAGGUACAAUCCUGGCAGCAGGUUUUUCUGCGAGCUCAAGAUUCGUCCAGCCAACGAACUGACAACGGUCGCUCCCCCAGUGGUAACCAGCAGACCCCAACCUUCAUGCUCUUGUGGUCGUAGAUCAGCGGAGGUUGACGAUUUUGAUACAAACCGAAUCGUAGGUGGAACGGAAACUGGUAUAAACGAAUUCCCCAUGAUGGCGGGGUUGGUGGAUUUGGAGUCCUCCCAAGUGAUUUGUGGAGCGACGAUUAUUUCGCCAAGAAGAGCCAUCACAGCAGCUCAUUGUCUCGUGCAGAGGUCGCCCAGCUCUGCUGUAUUACUCGUCGGCGACCAUGAUUUAAGUACUGGGACGGACACGAAUAAGGCAGCAGUAUUCAGAAUACAGAGAUUUUUGGCUUUCCCGCAGUACAACACGGUGACGCAGAAAAAUGAUAUCGCCAUCAUUGAAACCUUGAGAGAAAUGCCUUUCGAUUCAGCUGUUGGACCAGUUUGCCUGCCCUUUAGAUUUGAAGACAGGGAUUUCGUUGACGAUGAAGUGAUCGUUUUGGGAUGGGGAAACACCGCUUACAACGGAGAACCAUCCUCAAAGUUGCAAAAAGUGGAGCUGGGAGUUGUGACAGAGGAGAGGUGCAAAAGCGCUUACCCUUCUGGAAACAACAUUGACAACCUCCAAAUUUGCACAUUUAAAAGCGGCUCAGACGCAUGUCAAGCAGACUCUGGGGGACCAGUAAUGUGGCAGGACCCAGAAACAAGAAGAUUACAUUUGGUGGGCAUUGUAAGCUAUGGAUUCAGGUGCGCUACUGAUUCCCCAGGAGUCAACACAAGAGUUACUAAAUACUUGGACUGGAUUCAGCAAGUCACGGGAGAUGACUUUUGCGUCGCCUAGCAAGAUAUUGGGAGCAUUUUAAAAUCUGUAUUUGAAUAUGUUAUAUUUAUUUUCAUGUAUUUUCUAUUCAAACUAAGAAUUUUAAAAGUAAAAUAAAUAUAAGAGACCCCAUAACAUA